UGCAGAUGAGAAAAGGAUGCAGGAAAUUCUGUUGUUUACACAUGUGUCUGUUGCACUGAGAAGCAAGAGGAGCCCAGCAAACUCAGAAGGUACAGAGUCGGGAUCAUCUAUCCAUGCUGAAAAGUGCGGGCAAAGUUCAGCCUAUCAUAAAAUGAUUAGAAGCCUAAGAGACCACCAGCUUACUGUACAAGCCUACGUCAAUUGUUACAGCUGAGUGAAAUUAGAUGAUGAAUCAAAGCAUUAAUUUAGACUCCAUUCAGAAACAAAUGGAAGAGAUAGAGGUUUUUGGGACCAAACCAAUACAACCUGAUAAAUUAGAUAGAUGUUGGCAACCAGGUGACCAUCUGUUUCAUUCAAAUCUUCCAUCUCAAAGUUUCUACCCAAAUUCCCCUCAUUAUGCACAUAUGCAUACAAGUUACAGCAGCGAUUGGGAAAUUUUUGAAGCAGUAAAAAUUCAGGAACUGGAGGAAGUCAAAGCCAGAGCUGCCCAAAUGGAGAAGACCAUGCGCUGGUGGUCCGAUUGCACCGCUAACUGGAGGGAGAAAUGGAGCAAAGUUAGAGGAGAAAGAAAUAAAGCACGAGAGGAAGCAAGACAAUUGAGAAUCAAACUAGACAGUGUCAUAAAAGAGCUAAGUGUGCUUAAAAAAAUUAAUCAGGAUUUAGUAAGUGAGAAGGAAAACUUAGAAAAUGGAACUGCUUGGAAAACGGAAUGUUGUUGCUCUGAAAUAUCCUGUAUUAAAAAAGACCAAAGCCUGUUAAUGUUUCUGGAGCAAGAAUCUCCAAAAGACCUAACCAAAAUCAUCAAAAUUCCUGGGGCAGAAGACACAAAGAAGGAUAUAAACAAAGACCAAAGCAAUGACUAUAAAAAAAUCACCCCAAAGCCUCCCGAUUUCUUCCCCAAUGGACUUCCUAGCAUCUAUUUGGAGGAACCUAAAAUAAGUUUGGGCACUUCAGCUAAGACAACAAAGAACGAUUUAAUACAUGUAUCAGUCUUAAAUUUGCAUUUGGCUGAGAUGAGGAAAAUCCUACAGAAGGAAAGAGAAAUGAAUGUAUUUUUGGAGAAAGAAAUGGAAAAGAUGGAAAAUGAAUUAUUUCUUUGGAAAUGGAAAUACGAAGAACUGAGACAAACCAAGCUGGAAAGCCUGAAACAGAUGGAAAGAAUGCCGUGUGAGAAUGCCUCUGAAUGGGGAAAGAGAGAGCGACUAGAUGCAGAAAAACAAUGUUUGGAAGAAGAGACCAGAAAACUCAAAAUGCAGAGUAAAGAGGUGGAAGAAAGCGAACACAGGAUUUGGGACCAGACAAAGUUCCUUCUCUGUUGCUGGAGAUUCUACCAUGAUAGUGAGUGAAGGUAUGGGAGAUCACCAAAAAGCCCUGCAGCAACAAGGCUAACAGCAAAGAGGAGAGGCAAACACUGUGCAGAAAGACAUACAAGAAGGUUUCAUUGAAGAAGUGCACGUCAGAUAUAUAUAGGAAUACUGCAUGCAUUGUCUCUAUGUAUUCCUGAUUUUUUAUAAGAACCAAGGAAAAUAUGCUAGAGUCAGGGUGCAUGUUUCUAGAAGUGGUGUUGGCCAUUGUCGUUGCUUUCCAAUUGCUCUAACUGUUCUCUUCUAAAGCAAAAGGUGGACUUUAUUUAAAAUGUUCCAUGUUUUACCUUUGGGAAGAAGGACUUUAAAAUGUUCAUGGUCUGUGAGAGGAGUUCACAUUAUGUCCUGGGAAGAGGUUGAGUCUGAAAUGGAAGUCAGUAGUUUGUUUCUUGCUUUGCUUGUGUGUUUUACUUUCAUAAAGCAGUGGAAAAAAAUACCAGUAUCACAGGACCCCCAGUUCUACCUGGGUGACAGGUGCAUUACACUUUUCUUUCAUUUAAAAAAAUUAAAAGAAAAAAAAUUUUAUUACAAAUACCCAAAAAUUAUCACAUAUACAUUUAGAUUACAGAAAUAACCUUUCCUUAAGUGUUUCUUCUAAUUAUCACAUAGCAAAAUUAAUGCAUCUCAAAUUUACCAUAUUGUCUACAUGUCUCAUUUUUAUUUAAAUUUUACUUUAUUGAUUGUCCAUGAAAAAAAAUUGUAAAUGUCACGUAGAAGUAACAUAACUAAGACAAACUGGAAAAGGAGAUUUUGAGAAUUUUAGAAAAAUUACAAUUUAUAAAAACGUCAGCAACUUUCAGCCAUCCAGGGAGACAUAAAUUAUAAUUUUGUUUGCCAUGUGCAAUUGAUAAUGAGUAUGUGCAGAUUCUAUUUCACAAGGCUUGCUGUAAUUGCUCAGCAAUAUAUUUGUUUCAUUCCUCAUUUCCCUAUAAACUGAAAACAUAUCUGAGGGCUCUAGUUGUCUUUAAAGCUAUGUCCUUUCUGAGAGGGAGUUGUUAGAUCUCUUGAUUUCUUUUGUAACCCAGGACCACACAAAAAAAGAAAAGUAUUAAAGAUUAUUGAUUACACAGGAAUCUCUGAGCUGCAGAUGCUUUGAAGCUGGGAACAAAACAUUCUUAUGACCCUUUCUGAGCUUUAGGUUGCUGGAGAUGGGAUGUUAGAGCAGAAGUGUCUGUGUUUUGACUACUUUUAUACAUUCUUUACCCUCUUUCAUGUUUGUAAUGCUGAAUUAAUUUCAGCCACUCCCCCUCAGUACAUGCUAAGGGAUAUACAAUCAGUGAAUUCUGUCUUUGUUGCCAAUAGCUGAUUUGCAAGUUCAUCAACAAGGUACAGCGAUACUGUGAGACAACUUAUUUUUAAAUGGAGUUUAAACAUGUAAUACUUACAAGAAUUGACAAUAAAAUAAGAUUCGUAAUUCUUUUGUUCAUAAUUCAAACGUCCUCCCUGUAUUAGCUCACUGGUUCAAGGUUUUAUAUUAGACAAAAGAUCUCUUGUCUUGUUCCAUGCAUUGUGAAAUGGCACACUGACUUUCUCUAAAACUCCUUCUGCUUUUCUUACGCCAGCUUCUUCAUGAUGCUACAGAGUGUGAAAUGUCUGUAUUGAAAAUGUUGAUGUGAACAAUAGAAAUGAAAAGGGCAUAAUUAUUGACUUUUAAGUGCUGUAGAAGCCAAAUGUACUUCUAUGGUUACACUGAAGCACUUGAAAGUAUGACAGCACAACAGCUUACUGACAAAAGCUUGUAUCAUUUAGAUAAGCUUUAGAGAUAAGAUCUUUCUCUUUUUUUUCCCUCUGACAAGCCAUUAGAAAUUGAGCUCUUUUAAGGAUAAAAUAUGGUUUCAGCACUGGCCAAAAUACCUAUAUGCUCCAGAGUACCUUUUCAUCCCACAGUAAUAACUGCGCCUAAAAAUCAUGUCAAAUGAUAUUAGGAAUUACUGAAGAAACUGGGAUUCUUUCUUUCCUGUCUCUAUUUCUAAAUCUGUUGAAAACCAAAUAAUGCUUAAUUGGUGCUGUAGAUCAUUUCUGUGCUAACAGUUUGGUAGAGUAACAUGGGUAUUGAGGGAAAUUAAACCAGAAGCUAGUUUCUGCUGCUCAUUCUAACUCUACCAUAAACCCUUUCAUAGCUGAUCACUGUAUUAUACUACCCAGGAGGUAGGAUGCACCUGGCUGGUCUAAAAGUCAUGGUGACAAUAAAAUAUCACCACAUCAUGCUAGUUUUAAAAUUUAUAUUUCAGAAUGUCAGUACCGUAUCUUUUCUUUCUCGUGAGAAAAUUUUCGUUUCUUUCGGGGUAGUUAAUAUUGACAUUUAUCCCACACAUAUCUUUCUGGUCACUUAUUGGUCAUAAUUUAGUUUUGGGCACCCUCUGAAUAGCACUUUUUAGGUUUUCUUUCUUGCCUCUUAUAGAUCACACAAAAUGCCCUAAUUUUUCAUGAUUUCUCCCUAUUCCCUGAGACAAAAAAAAACUCAGCUACUUCCAUUAUCUAAACAAAAUAUUUAUUUCAUCUUUACAUACACAGAGAACUUCAGAGGCCUCUCUGAAGAAGUAAACCUAUAAAUUAGUCACUUGAAAGUGAGUCAAAAUAAGAUGAUGUAUGAUUACCAUGGCUGCAGUUGAGAAUGUAUGGUAAUGCUAAUUUAUGACCUUUCUAUAAUAGUACUAGAAUAUUUCCUGAUCUUAAAUAUACACCUAUGAUAUUUGCUAUACACCAGUGUUCCCACCCAUUCCUCUUACAUUUAAAUGUGGGAAGUGAAGAUACACACAUUUGUGCAGGAAGGAUUUGCACAAGGUCACCAAGCAUAAUUAUGGGUAAGCCAAGAAAACUAACCUUAAAUCUGGUAGCAAACAAUUGAGCUGUUCAUCUUUUGAGAUGAAUGGUGCCUAAAACAAUGGAAAAAUAGUCUUUCCUAUUUUCCUUUUUAAGACAAUAAAUAUUAUGACUCUUUUAUGUGGAUCAAUUUUGAAAACUGAUUGUAAACACAGUGAUAGAAUGAC